GGAAAUGUAGUCCAGAAGCUGUGAGCAAUUACGGGCACUUCCGCUCCAGCAGUGUGAGGUUCUUGUUAUGUUUUUUUCUGUAGUGGGUAUUUCGUCGUCUGUUCCCGGACCAUUCCAAACUCUCUGGACCCACGUUUGAGACCAGCAACGAGGAGCACAUCGAUUUACAGGAGAGAAAUCACCAUUAAAACGGAGGUUUGAAAGGUGCUUUAUUGUUUUAAAUCCUCCAGACUGUGCUUGAGGAACUGUGCAAAGGAAUGGGGGUUGGCCAGGCCAGAGACCUCUUGGUAAGCUGAUACCAUCUGUUCUCAGAAAAGGCGUGUGGUUCAAACCAGUUUAAGUUCGGCAUUCCCAGGACUCUGUGUAUUUCAGGACUCUGUAUGUCACCAGAAGUAGGAAGAAAAAAUGAGCACGUUCAUGGAAUUGGUAACAUUCGAGGACGUGGCUGUGGUCUUCACUGAGGAGGAGCUGGGGCUGUUGAACCCUGCCCAAAAGAAGAUGUAUCAAGAUGUGAUGGUUGAGACCUUCAGGAACCUGGUGUCAGUGGGAGGCAAGAACCCAAGGCAGAUGGAUAUUGUCCCACAAGCAGGAGCACACAAGGAACUUUCUAGCUUGCAUAUCUGGCAGCAAAUUGCCAGUGACUUAACCAGGUGUCAAGAGUCUGUGAUCAAUAGGUCUCAGUUCUACAAACAAGGUGAUUCACCCUCUUCAAUUGCAGGAGGACUAUCUGUUAUUCACACAGGAGAGAAAACUUUCCAGGGUAACGAGUGUACAAAAACCUUCAGUGAUGUUCCCAGCUUUGAUCUUCAUCAGCAUUCACACUCAGAAAAGAAGUCUUUCACUUGUAGUGUGUGUGGUAAAAGCUUCCGUUAUAUCUUAGGUCUUCGUAAUCAUCAGAGAGUUCACAUGGGAAAGAACCGCUAUAAGCGUGAUGAGCGUGGUAAGGAAGUUAGUCAGAACUCACAUCUCCAAAAUCGUCUGAAUGUCCACACUGUAGAGAAACCACACAAAUGUGAGGAAUGCGGGAAACGCUUCAAGCAUAGAGCAACACUUAAAGUUCAUUACGAAGGCCACACAGGAGUGGAAUCUUAUAAUAGUGAGGAAUGUGGGAGGGAUUUUAUGUAUCCUUCGCGUUUUCAGGAACAUCAAAGAAUCCACACUGGGGAGCAGUCAUUCAAAUGUGAUACAUGUGGUCAGAAAUUUCAUCGUAGAGCUGCACUUAAUACUCAUUGCAUGGUCCAUAUGGGAGAGAAACCUUACAAAUGUGAAGAGUGUGGGAAGGGCUUCAGUCAUAGAGCAGAUUUUCAAAUUCAUUAUAGAAUCCACACAGGAGAGAAACCCUAUAAUUGUGAGGAGUAUGGGGAGGGUUUCAGGGCCACUUCACAACUUCUGGCCCGUCAGAGAGUCCAUAGUGGAGAAAAGCCAUUCAGAUGUGAAGAGUGUGGGAAGUACUUCAGUCGUAGAUCAAAUCUUCAGCUUCAUCAUAGAAUCCACACAGGAGAGAAACCCUAUAAUUGUGAGGAGUAUGGGAAGCGUGUCAGGCAGGCUACGCAUCUUUUUACCCAUCAGAGAGUCCACAAAAGAGAAAAACCGUUCAAAUGUGAAGAAUGUGGGAGAGGCUUCAGUACUAGACUAAAUCUCCAAAUUCAUUGUAGAAUGCACGCAGGAGAGAAACCCUAUAAAUGUGAGGUGUGUGGGAAGGCCUUCAGACAUGUCUCACAAUUUUUGCCCCAUCAAAGAGUCCACAGUGGAGAAAAACCUUUCAAAUGUGAAGAGUGUGAGAAGAGCUUCGGUCAGAUUUCGCACCUUAUAGCCCAUCAAAGAGUCCAUAGUGAAGAAAAACCAUACAAAUGUGAAGAGUGCGGGAGGGGCUUCAAGUGGAGCGUGAAUCUUAACACACAUAUGAGGGUCCACACAGGAGAGAAACCAUAUAAGUGUGCGCAGUGUGGGAAGUCCUUCAGUCAGUCCUCGAGUCUUCAUUGUCAUGAGCGUGUCCACACUGGAGAGAAACCGUACAAAUGUGAUGUAUGUGAUAAAGGCUUCAGUCAGUCUUCACACCUGCACUCUCACCAGAGAAUUCACACUGGGGAGAAACCAUACAAAUGUGAAGAGUGUGGAAAAAGCUUCAGUCGUAGACCAGAUUUUCAAGUUCAUUAUCGAAUCCACACAGGAGAGAAACCUUAUAAUUGUGAAGAGUGUGGGAAGGCUUUCAGGGCUGUGUCACUAUUUCUGUCCCAUCAGAGAGUUCACAGUGGAGAAAAACCAUUCAAAUGUGAAGAGUGUGGGAAAUACUUCAGAAGUAGAUCAAUUCUUCGACAUCAUCAUAGAAUCCACACAGGAGAGAAGCCCUAUAAUUGUGAGGAGUGUGGGAAGCACUUCAGGCAGGUUGUGCAUCUUUUGAAGCAUCACAGUGUCCACAGUAGAGAAAAACCGUUCAAAUGUGAAGAGUGUGGGAAGGGCCUCCGUCAUAGAGAACAUCUUCAACUUCAUCGUAGAAUCCACACGGGAGAGAAACCCUAUAAUUGUAAGGAGUGUGGGAAGGAUUUCAGGUUCGCUUCACAACGUCUGGCCCAUCAGAGUGUCCACAGUGGAGAAAAACCAUUCAAAUGUGAAGAGUGUGGGAAGUACUUAAGUAGUAAAUCAAAUCUUCAACGUCAUCAUAGAAUCCACAAAGGAGAGAAACGUUAUUAAUUGUGAGGAGUGUGGAAAACAGGCAGGCUGCACAUCUUUUUGAACCAUCCCAGUGCCCACAGUAGAGAAAAACUAUUCAAAUGUGGAGAGUCUGGGAAGGGUUUCUGUACUAGACUAAAUCUCUAAGUUCACUGUAGAAUCCACACAGGGGAGAAACCUUACAAAUGUGAAGUGCGUAGGAAGGCCUUCAGUAAUUCUUCACAAGUUUUGUCCCAUCAAAAGAGUCGCAGUUGAGAAAAACCCAUCAAAUGUGAAAAGUAUGGGAAGAGCUUCAGGUAUAGUGAGAAUCUUAACAUGCAUUGGAGGGUCCACACAGGAGAGGAAACAGUGUAAGUGUGGAAAGUGUGGGAAGUACUUCAGUCUCAAGUCUUCAGCAUCAUGAUCGUGUCCACACUGGAGAGAAACUGUACAAAUGUGAUGUAUGUGGGAAUGUCUUCAGUCGAUCUUCACAGCUACAGUCUCACCAGAGAAUUCACACUGGGGAGAAACCUUAGUAGUGUGAGGUUUGUGGUAAGAGUUUCAGUUGUAGAUCAAAUCUUUUAAAUUAGAAAAUCCAUGCUGGUGAUCAGUUUUCUGAAUGUGAUGAUAGUGGUAAGACCAUCAAAGAAUCCUCAAAGGAACGAAUUCUACAAAAUGAAGGUUUAAAAAAAACUAUGUGCAACCUGAAUUCUUGUAACCGUUAGGUCUCAGAGGUGAAAACAUUUGUUUUAUUAAAGACUGACUUUCAGCAAAGCACACAUGGGAGAACCUUUAUAAAUGGUGCAGUAAGGGCUUCAGUCAGAACUUAGGAAUUUAUGAGCUAUCACUCAAGAGAUAGGCCUUGAGAAUAAUAAGAGUUUGAUGUGAUGUUUAACAAAAAUAUAAUGAUGUGCAUACCGAAAUUAACAUCCACUAGAAUGUAAGGUCCAUGAGUGCAGGAACAGUGCUGCAGAGUUUGUAGGUAUACUCAAUGGUUAUUGGUUAAAUGAAUCAAAAAGAGACAAUGUACAAUAUUUGAAAAUUUUAUCCAGAAAGGAUACCGGUAAAAAUGAAUGUUCAAAGGAACAAACAUCUCGUAAGGCUUUAGCUUCCAUAGAUUUCUCUGUUGGAUCUGAGCAAAGUAAAUUGAAAACCUUCUGGAAAGGAUUUACCAUUCUAGAUGCUGUUAAGAACCUUCAUGGUUCAUAGGAGGAGGUCAAAAUAUCAACAGUAAGAGGAGUUUGGGAGAAGUUGAUUCCCACCCUCACAGAUUACUUUGGUGGCUUCAAGACUUCAGGGGAGGAAGCAGCUGCAGUUGUGGAAAUAGCAAGAAAGCUAGAAUUAGAAGUGCAUCCUGAUGAUCUGACUGCAUUGCUGCAGUCUCCUGAUCAGACUUAAUGAGUGAGGAGCUGCUUAUGGAGGAGCAGAGACAGUGGUUUCUUCAGAUGGAAUCUACUCCUGGUGAAGAUGGUGUGAACAUUGUUGAAACAAAGGAUUUAUAAUAUUACAUAAACUUAGGUGAUAAAGCAGCAGCAAGUUUUGAGAGGGUUGCCUCCAAUUUUGAAAGAAGCUCUAGUUUGGGUAAAAUGAUAUCUAAACAGCAUCACAUGCGAUGGAGAAAUCUUGUGAAAGGAAGAGUCAAUCAAUGCGGCAAACUUCAUUGUUGUCUUAUUUUAUGAAAUUAUCAAAGCCAUCCUAACUUUCAGUAACCAUCGCCCUAAUCAGUCUGCAGCCAUCAACAUUGAGGCAUAAACCUUCCACCGGCAAAAAGAUGAUGACUCAAUGAAGGUUGCGGUGACGGUUAGCAUUUUUUAGCAAUAAAGUGUUUUCUAAUUGAAAUACGCACUUUUUUUAAGACAUAAUGCUAUUGCACACUUAAUUGACUUCCGUAUAGCAUAAGCAUAACUUUUAUAUGCACUGUGAAACCAAAAAAUUUGUGAGACUCACUUUAUUAUGAUACUUUAUUGCGGUGAUCCGGAACUGAACCCACAGGAUCUCCAGGGUGUACCUGUAUCUAGGAGAAUCUGCAUAUUGGGCUGGAGAGUCAUUCUUCCAAAAAGUCAAAAUUCUUUUGAAAGAACUUGGAGCAAUCUACUUUUUGUUUUAUAAUAUGUGUUAGAUUAAAACAUCAGAUCUGAAGUUGGGCUAAUAACAUAUGGGGAUUUCAUAGUGUAACAUGUAUGGCUUAUUUAAACGUGACAUUAAAGUUAAUGAUGGCAUUCAGUACAAGACUAUAAUUUGAUACAGAAAGUGUUAAUGGAUCUGAAUUUUCAUGCCCAGAUUGUGGAUGGGAUGACAGAUCCAACAUUCAUUUAAAUUACUGGCACUAGCUACUGAUAGGGCUAAUUUAACAAAUGCAUUUCUUCAUAUACAUCAGAAGAAAUUUCUGUACAUAGAAGUAUAAAAUUUAAAUGAGCCUUCAUGUUGAAUAAAACUAAGGAAAAAGACUAUAACGAUACUAAGAAUAGCUACACUUACAAAGCAGUUUACAAAAUUCAGUCAGAUAAAUGGGGGGAGUAUCUUGUUCUGUGAUCUUGGGAUCAGCUGUCUACCUCAAAUGUCAUCCACAUCUGACAAGUAGGGCAUUUUAAAGUGAUUUUUAGUUCUCUGGAAGGCUGACUAGUCCAAAGAAGUGUUCUAGCCUUUUUAGCUGUUACAAAUAGGGAUCAAAGUUUAAUUCCUGGUUUGAAAGCACAUGGAUUGGUGAGGAGACCUAGUUAUGGCCCUUUCCAUUGAGGUUCUAGUGAGUUCUUUAAUUGAUGUCUUUUAGUACACGUAUUCUCCUGGGUCAGUGUUAAGCAGAUUUUUAGAUUUUAAUUUCUGUUUAUCAAAUGCUUCUUUAACUUGUGAAAAUUAUCCUAUAGAGCAUUAGAUUAAGGAUUGGCAAUAUCUUUGUAACUGAGGUUGAACAAAGUUAGAGUCAGUAUAAGUAACAUACAAGAAAUCAUGGGUCUUCUGGUAAUAAUUUCUGAAAUAGUUGAUUCUUACAUUUAAAAGGGAAAGAAAAAUGGUUUCUUAUACUGAAAAAUAGAACAUUAUAUAUCAGCCAUAUUCUCAUAUAAGCCUUAUAGUAAUUGUUUUAGUUUACUCAGUCCUGUGUAGUUAAUUUUGAUUCCAUGUAAUUCUGGAUUAGUAGCAGUUUGAAAACUCCAUCAGUUUCUACAUAAGAGUUUGAGAAAUCUUGAUUUGGUCUAUUAGUAUUCACAUUUUGAAUGUUAUAGUCCUUUUUAAAGCCUUGUUACACUAAUUAAAUAACCCAUCCUUUUUAGUAUACUUUCUAAAUAGACUAAUCUAUAUCAAAUUUUUCUCAGUGUAGCUACUGAGAGCCCAACUCAACCCAGAUGAAAGAACUAGUUUUUCUUGAAAGAGAAAAAAAAAAAAAAAAAAAAAACCC